AUGGAUGCUUCGGCUGCAAGGAGAACGCCAGACACAGUCAUUCCUAUGUAUGAAACAGAUAGUAUGGAGAAUGGAGAACUUAGGAACGUAGACCUCGAUGACCUUGCUCAAAAACAGUGGUCGGGUGGAGGUCUACUGAACUCGGUUGCCAAUAUGGCAAAUUCAAUCCUCGGAGCUGAUUUGGCUAAUACUGCGGUAGGUUUGCCGUACGCAGUCAAUCAAGCAGGCUUCUUUCUUGGCAUUGUUCUCCUGGUCGUCAUUUGUGCUGUCACCGAUUGGACUAUCCGAUUGGUUGUCAUCAACGCUAAACUCAGCGGCAGAACCUCUUACAUCGAAGUCAUGAACAGUUGUUUUGGCCCCAGUGGUCGUGCAGCCGUUUCAUUCUUUCAGUUCUCAUUUGCUUUUGGUGGCAUGUGUGCGUUUGGUAUUAUUAUCGGCAAGUGCAGGGUUCCUGGUGUAUUAUAUUCCUACCUUACAUUUUCUCCAGGAGAUACGAUACCCCAUGUCAUUCGUUCAAUAUUCCCUACUUUGCACACGAUACCUGUUCUCUCGCUCCUCACCAACCGCCAAUUUAUCAUCACCCUGUGCACAACCUGUGUUUCUUAUCCAUUGUCGCUCUACCGCGACAUUCACAAGCUUUCGCGUGCAUCCGGGCUCGCAUUAAUCAGCAUGCUCGUCAUCGUUUCAGCGGUCCUGAUUGAAGGAUCGCACGUGUCUCCCAAUCUCAAGGGCGAUCCAUCGAAACGCCUCACUGUGGUGGGCUCGGGGGUCUUUCAAGCAAUCGGCGUUAUGAGCUUUGCCUUUGUGUGCCAUCACAAUAGUUUACUCAUCUACGGGAGCUUGAAGACCCCCACCCUAGAUCGGUUCGCUCAAGUGACCCGUAUAUCAACGAUCAUUUCACUCGUGGCGUGCUGUACUUUGGCUAUAUCAGGCUUCUGGGUUUUUACAGAUAGAACUCAGGGGAAUAUAUUGAAUAACUUCUCUGGGAACGAUGCGCUGAUCAAUGUCGCCCGUUUCUGUUUUGGGCUGAAUAUGUUUACGACGUUACCUUUGGAGCUGUUUGUCUGCAGAGAAGUGAUAGAACAAUACUUCUUCUCGCACGAAAGCUAUAAUAUUCAGCGACACGUCUUCUUCACCUCCACUAUUCUCUUUUCAUCGAUGCUUCUCUCAUUGAUCACCUGCGAUCUGGGCGUCACGCUAGAGAUUACCGGCGGUGUCUCAGCCACAGCGCUUGCGUACAUAUUUCCUGCUGCAUGCUACCUAAAACUGACCGACCCACAUGUUCCGUGGCACUCCCGUGCGAAGCUUCCGGCCGCAGCUUGCCUUGCAUUUGGAGUGGCUGUGAUGACCGUAUCCCUCCUUCAAGUGAUCCAAAGAGCGUACAUGCCUCUGGGCGAGCCAAAGAUGUGUAUGGCGUGA